UGUCGGGGUCAGAGGUCAUAGCCGGCUUGAGACCAGGUUUCCCGGAGGCAGUAGUUACUGGCCUCUACGUGCCCGCGCCAGGAUUGAUACUAAGUAUUGGUUCCAAGAUAGAAGAGCAAUAAAGACUUGCUCAGGGUCACACAACUAAGAAGUGUCUGAAGUUGGAUUUGAACCCAGGUCCUCCUAACUCCAAGCCUAUUCAGACUCUCCUGUCUCAAGAGUGAGAAAUGCUGGAACUUGGAUUUGUGCUUUUUAUUAGUUCUUAACAGAUGUCUUCUGUGUCCCUUCUCUUGUGUUCCUCACUGUCUUGCAUGAAUUUUCAGGCCUAAUGAUGGGGCAUACCACCAUUUUUGCGAUGCAAUAUAUCAUGAAUUCACCCCAGAAACUGGGACUGAGAAGCCAAAGGACAAAACUCCUUAUCAUGAGAACCUUCUACAACCCAGGUCCCAUCCAAUCCAAGGGGAAAGUUUCAGCAAAAACUGCCAUCAGAUUGUAUCACAGACUCAGUGAAAUGGGUCAAACCUUGGGACAGAACUUCCAGCAGAGAAUAUCUUCUACAGCCAAAACUUGGUGGGACAGGUAUGAGGAAUUCGUUGGGCUAAAUGAAGUUCGAGAGGCCCAAGGGAAUGUAACUGAGGCAGAGAAAAUGUUUAUGGUAGCUCGAGGCAUUGUUCGAGAGGCUAGAGAGACCCUGGAGGUUCACCAGGUCAGACUCAAAGAUAUUCGGGAUCGUUUGGAUCGAGUUUCCCGGGAAGACACCCAGUACUUGGAACUUGCAACUCUGGAACACAAAUUGUUGCAGGAAGAGAAGAGGCUCCGAACAGUCUACGUUAAUGCAGAAGAGUCAGAACGAGAGAAGUUUUCCCUCUUUUCUGCAGCUGUGAGAGAGAGUCAUGAGAAAGAGCGAACAAGAGCUGAAAAAACAAAGAACUGGUCAAUCAUUGGUUCUGUUCUAGGUGCUGUGAUUGGUGUUGCUGGCUCGACUUACGUGAAUCGUGUCCGAUUGCAGGAACUGAAGUCAUUGCUCCUAGAAUCACAAAAGGGACCAAUGAGUCUACAAGAGGCCAUCAGAGAGCAGGCUUCUAGCCACAAUUUGCAAAACAAGAAUCUCAGUGACCUUAUUGAAGAAUUUAGGAGCUUAAUACACACUGGAAUCAUGCUGUCCUCUGGAACUCAAGAAGAUGCUACUUCUACUAGAGAAAGUCUCAUGUCUCACAAAGAUACCUCCUUACUUUCAACCUCUCUGAAAGAACAGCUCAGCCAAUCUAAGCAGGUCCGUUCAUGUCUAGAGAGUUUACAAGAGCAGCUUACUGACCUGGACAAAAAAUUUAGUCAAAUGGUUGCAGAGAUUCAGCUUGUCAAGGCUACAGCCCGUUCUCAGCUUAUAGAGCAAGCAAACCAAGCUUCUCUAGACUCCUCAGUGGACACUCACCAGGCCCUGGUUGCCCAGGGCAUAAUUCUAGAACUCUCUGAUAUGGAGCAGAGGUUGGAGGCCCAAGUCAAUAGAAACUCUCUCUAUAGCACCGUGCUAACUUGUACCAUGUUUGCUGCUAUGCUGCCAGUGCUAUACAUUCUCUUCAAAGCAAACUAACUGCCUCUUGAGGGAAGAUCCAAUGAGGAAGCUGACUCCGUUGGAUUUAGUAAUGAACUGACAAGCACCUUAUUGCUUCGCUCAUUUAAGUCACUUGGAGUCUUUUAAUGGUGAAUCCCCUAGUACCUGUCGAGCCUGGCCCCUGAAAGGGGAAGAGAUAGGCAACAGCAUUCUUUUUGUCAUAUACAGAUUUACCUUUUAAAAAUUCUCACUCAUUUUACCAACUUUGCAUUUAGGUGAUAUAUUCCACAGAAGGAAAGAUGUUAUAUUUGAGAUUAUGUUAUUGAAAACAGUUUAAAAACUCCAAAUUAUGAUAAUAGCUGAAAUUUACAUGACUCUUCACAGUUUAUAAAGCAUUUUAUACCCCUAACAUCAGUUGAUCCUUACAACCAUACAAUGUGAUCUAAGUUAAUUUGAUUGAAGACUUUGGGAAAGCAGUUCAGCAGUAUGGAUUUACGACUGGGAAGUUUUAUUUUAAAAUUUUCCUUAAUAGUCUCAUUGUUCUCCCUAGGUUCUCCCCAUUGUUGUCUUCUACUGAUGCCUGCAUUCUAUAUUUUCAGUAUCAUGUCAUUGUGUUGUGAGUAAUUAUUUUUUGAUGCUUCAUUUGCCUGUAUUUCUAAUUUUGGUUUUCAUUUUCCUUACCUAAUUUGCAUUUCCCAGGCCUUCUUGUGUCUGUUUAUGGGGUUUCCGGUCAUUAGAACCUGGGAAAUGGGAUUCUUGAAUGCUCACUGACUGACUGACCAUGGAAUACACAUCUGUGAGGUGGGAAGAGCUCCCUUUGUAUUUUGUUUUUCACCCUUCCCCCAAACAUGGAGAAUUAUUGUCGGAUACUUGAAAGGGGAAUUGGGAUGGGAAGUGGAGCUAGUAUUAGGGAAAAAUGUGAGGCCACUAAGUUUAGGUGGGAAUGGAUUAUGUAGAAUUGGCAGCUCAGAGAAAGGAGUUGGCCUUGCUAAAUAAACAGAUCUUUGCCUUUAGGGAAAUAGAAUUUGGGCAUUACCAAAGAGUAUGUAUGCUUUUCCCCUCUAUGGCCUGGAGAUGCUCUCUGAAAGUAUCUAAUUUUGCCUCAGUCCAGAUGGGAGGAGAGCUGGCAAAGCUGGAUCCAUUGAUAGUGUGAACCGAAAAGCAGUGAGCUGGGUGGGGUGAAUUCCAGAAGUGGAAGUCACCAUGCUAGUUGGGGGAGGGAGGGCUCAGCAGGCAGGUUGUAUGGUGGCAGAUUCUUUCUGCGUGAACCCCACCCUGACAUGCCUACUCCAGCCCAGGAGGGCUCUUUCAAACCUUUCCUGCCCUAUCAAGCCUCAGACAGUGGGCUUACUCUAUGUCAGCAUUUCCUUUCUGUUGCUAGAUAAGAAUUCAGAGUUGAAUUAAAAAACUGACUGAUAAGA